GACUGAUUGCGAUUGGCUUGAAUUCCUCGAUAUGGUUGAGAACAAGAACUAUAGAACAUGUUUCUCUAAAGGAAAGUGACUCGGGCGAGCUACUUGUUAUGUUCCCAAAAGAUUUUUAAGUUUUGGCAACAUUUUUCGGGGAAAUGGAAACGCCAUGCAACCGCCGUUGUUUUAUGCAGCAUGCACGACGGUUUCGUGUCAUUUUGUCUGAUUUGCAACAAAAUUAACAAUAAGUUUCUUCUAAAACAGUUGGCAGAUAUAGGAUACCUUUAAUUUACUCUACUCGUAACAGUUCUCCGGCUUUUUGAAAUCCUUUAUUCUGCGGGCGGCGUGCCUAUAAGUACAUCUGUAGGGACUAGGGAGUGGAGUUGGACUAGGUACCUAAUAUGGAGGAACUCCUGUAGCUUGGUUUUCCUGGUUGACCGUUCAUACCGUAGACAGAUACAUCUAACUGCAAACACGUUGUGCAGUUAUAGUGUGGAAGGCAUAGGGAAAUUAUUAACGAUACAGUUUAAAGUUUAACGAUACAAUUUUGAAGUUUUGCUGACUUUAAUACUGUUAUGGACAGCAGGAUUUAGAAUUUUACUCGGUCACGUUGAAACCGGUCUACUUCUGCCUGUUUGUUUAUGCGAGAUCGCACUCGCUUAUCUCUCUGGUUACUUUACACGAAGCGAUAAAACUCUAAACGUGUCAGUUCCGUCGUCAUUUUCGAAAAUUUUGUAACGUGCUUAUAACUUUUUGUGUGCAGCUGCAUAGCUGAAUGCUACUCAUAAUCGUCUAUAGAUAUAUUGUUCUCACAACCAGUUCAAAUUCGAAAUUACCUUUGUCACCUGUUGGUGAUCACUGAAUUCAUGCUGAAUUCGAUAGUUAUUGCGGUGUAUCCAGUUUGCUGCUGUUGGUUAAGCCGUAAUGGACGGAAAACAGCGGCGACGCUCAGGAUGUUUUUCUGUGUACGGGCAGUUGCCACUUGAGUGGUCCAAAUCGCCGAUUUUUAUGGAUGGUAUUCAGUUCAUUCCUUCAAAAAAUAAUGCACUUGAUUCGGAGAGGGAAAGCUUGAAUAAACUAAAGAAAGCCGUCAAAGCCAUCAACAACUCUGCUACCGCACUGGGCACAAGCGAAGCAGAGUUCGGGCAGUGUCUUAGAAAUCUCGGGGAAAUGGCACUGCAAAAUGAGGAUUAUCAGCCGGAAGCGUUGGGUAAAGGCUUCAUGAAUUUCGCCGGCUUAAUGGACGCAGUAACGAAACAUUCCCGAGCUAUGUAUCAGGCCUUUACGGAUUUGUUUCUCUAUCCCUUGGAAACCCUGCUCAAGAACGAGUCCAUUGCCUCGAAAGGCGACCUGAAGAAAGCCAUUGACAAAGCGUGGAAGGAUUAUGAAAUCAAAUCAAGUAAAGUAGAAAAAGAGAAAAAACAAAGUUCCAAAGAGAGCGGUGGAUCAAAGAGCGACUACGUCACUCCGGCUGAGCUGGCCGAUGAAUUAUUGGAGGAGCGACGAAUGUUUCAGUUGCAAAUGUGUGAGUGCCUCAUCAAGGAAAACGAUAUUCGUUCGCGUAAAGGCGUCGAUCUACUCAGUCAACUGAUUCAGUACUACUAUUAUUUACUGGGAUAUUUCGAAGACGGAAUGAAAACAUUAAAGGACUAUCAAUCGUUCAUUCACGAUAUUGCCAAUAAAGCCCAAGAGAUUAAAAGCAAGCAAGAUGAAGAGAAGAAGCAAUUGUUGGAGAUGCGAGCGCUGUUGAAAGGCGGUUCCAACGCGCAUAUUUUACGCGAGAAAACGACGUCGUAUUCAAAUAUCCCGAACGCGGCCGCCACUCCUGCCACCAACGGUACUUCGCACACCGGCUACAAUCUCCAUCAGCUGCAGGGCAACCACGUCCACGGGACGAAUAAAAAGGGCGUCCUGUACAAAAAGUGCGAAAGUAAAAUGCGGCGGAAACAAUGGCAGAAGCGAAAGUGUGAAGUGAAAGAUGGCUAUUUGUCGGUGGCCCAUAACGAUGAAAGUAAAUCGCCUGUCAAAUUAAACCUUCUUACUUGUCAAGCCAAAGUGGUAGUCGAUGACAAGCGAUGUUUCGACCUGGUGUCAAAAUUCCGAACGUACCACUUCCAAGCGGAAGACGAAAACGAAAAAGAAGUCUGGUUAAGCGUCAUUCUGAACAGUAAAGAACAAGUACUGCAACAAGCCUUUGGUCGGGACGCCACGGACGGUGGACGACGCUUCUCGACAAACAUUAGUGAAAUUCGAGAUACGCUGAUCAAGCAGGUUCAGAAGCUGCCGGGAAAUAAUCGUUGUUGCGAUUGUGAUGCAGAGAAAGAUCCGACGUGGCUAAGUACGAAUUUCGGCGUGCUGACGUGUAUUGAGUGCUCGGGUGUACAUCGUGAGAUGGGAGUCCAUAUUUCACGGAUACAAUCGCUGACGUUGGACAAUUUGGGCACGGCGCAGCUACUUCUGGCACGCACCAUGACCAAUCUGCUCUUUAACCAAAUUUUUGAAGGCAGCUUAAAUAACGUACGCAAGCCAACGGCAGCUAGUACAAUGGACGAUCGGAUGCAAUUUAUCCGCGCCAAAUAUAUUGACAAGCGCUUUGUUACGCCAUCCUGUCAGUCGGAUGAGCAGCGUCAAGAGAAUUUGAUGAACGCAUUACACAAUCGCUACCUGCAUGGACUAGUCCAGUUGUUUGCCGAAGGUCAAGAUUUGGCGUCCCCGCUUGCGCAGUCGGUUAUUGAUGAGACGCCUCUGCAUUUUUUGAUUCGCGCUGGUGACGAUAGUCUGACGUUACCGUGUGCCGAUUUCAUAAUUCAGAGCAGCCGAAGCAUUAACCGGGUGGAUAGAAACGGUAAUACUCCUCUGCACAUUUGUGCUGAUCUCAACCGCACCGAAUCCAUGAAAUUACUACUGAAAGCCGCCGCUGAGCUGGAUGUUAGAAAUCAUGUCGGUGAAACCCCGCUGGAUAUUGCCCAUCGGAAGAGACACUCUCGCUGCAUCGAUCUGUUGCAGUACGCGCAAAGCGGUAAAAAGGACAAGUUUGAGAACGUGGAAAUCGAUUGGUCACUCCUUGAUGAUGAAAUGGCAUUUGACAGCGGCGAUUAUAGCGACGAUGAGGGAGAAAACGGUGACUUGUCCAGUCAUGCUGCCAGCCAGCGUCGUUCCUUUCGCCUACCCCGUCCCGGCAAUACCUUCACGCCACUCCCGCCCAUGUCCGUCCACCCGGUCUCGCCGCUCAAACCCAAUCCACCGCCCAAUCUGCACAAUUACUUCUCGGGUCUCUACCAGAAGCCAGUCCUCAACACCUCCCAAUCCAUGACCGGAUCCUCCUCCAAGAACAGCUCUGUGACCUCCUUCACCACCUUUCUGCCGCCGGCCGUGCCGCCGCAGCCUCGCAAAGAGACGGCGCUGAACAGCAGCCAAUCGCACUAUGCUCCCGUCCCUAAACCCGUGGAGACUGGUCUCAAACUCCGCACGCAGUCGACACCCAAGGAAGACAGUGAGUACAAAGCCAUGGGGCAUCGCCGCUCGAUGGUGCUGGAUCAACGGCAUUCCCGAGCGACGAGUGACCCGAAAACGGUGCAGGAAAUGGUACGGGUGGGCUCCGUGUCGGAGAUGCCGAAUCUGCCGCCCAAAAAUAAGUUUGUCGGGAUGCAUCCAACCAGUGCAGCGACACCACCGGCGGUUGCUCAGAAGCCGUUAGCGUUAACCGAAAGCUUUGGGAGUGCGGAGUUUCGGAAUAACGGGGCCGCAUCCAAACCCAAAGUGGCGCCUAGAAGGCGAAAUGAGCGCGGGAAGCGGUGCAAAGCACUGUUUGACUGCGACGCGGACCAUCCAGAUGAAUUAACUUUUGAAGCCGGUGAAAUCAUCACCAUUGUUAAUGACCAAACGGAUGACGAGAAUUGGAUGGAAGGUAUUAUUGAAAGUGCGGUUCCUCCUCGACGUGGUCUGUUCCCGGUAUCCUUUGUGCAUAUGCUCCCCGAUUCCUGAAAGAGAUUCUCUUGAUUUGUUUUUAGCAAUUCCUUAAAGAGUCAGAGAUAUGACCAGUGUAUUUAAAUUGUAUCUGUCUGAGGCCGAAAUGAGAAAUGGAUUUUUUGUUAGCCGCUUGUUGGCUGUUCUGGUUAUAAUCGCCAGAUGACGAGUCAGAUACACGAUUAUUUGUUCUGUUUUAUGUUUUGAAACGGUUUGAAAUUUUGCCGGUUUUUAUGAUUUUGUAUAUGGCUCUGCCUUUUGGUUGGUAUGAGUUGAGUCACUCUUAGAUCAGGAAUAUUGUCGGAUUUGUUGAUAACAGUAAAACAGUGGAUCACA